GGUUGCGAAUAAUCACAGCGGAGAUGGCGCUAGAAUUUACAUUUGUUACGUGUUACGUUACGAUUUAUUAGUUUGUCAUGAUUUGUCGUUGCAUGUCGAAUGGCCAGUGUCUAGUAUAUUCCAGUCGAAUAUUACGAUAAAAGUAUUACAUUCGUUGUACUUCGCUUUGCGGCAUCGAUGCGAAAUGUAUUCGAUCAAUCAGUUAAUCUGAACUUAAAAGAUGUCUUUCACACGCUUGUGGGGACUAACACUUCACUUGUUACUUACCAUUUUGUUUACAUCGCCGUCAAUCAGCAGUGGCGAUCUAAAAGAUUUGACACUUUGCGAUAGAAAGUCAUCUCGCAGCUUGUUAUUUGUAAGUACAUUAGAUGGAAGGAUAUCUGCUUUGGAUGCUAAUAAUCUUGGGAAAGAACAAUGGACAUUAGAAUUUAACGAAGGAUCUAUGUUAUCAUCUAAUAUUCAUCAUAGAGAGCUCAAUAAUAAUGGAAAAUGGGUUCGUCUAAUACCAUCUCUAAGCGGUGGAUUGUAUCAAUUUGAUGAAGAAAAUUUAGAAGCAGUGCCAAUAACCGCAAGCCAGCUGUUGCAUUCAUCUUUUCGUUACUCUGAUGAUCUAGUAUUCUCUGGUGGUAAAGAAGUGAAAUCAUAUGGUGUUUCAAGUAUAACAGGGAAAAUUUUAUAUGAAUGCGGAAUCAAUGGUUGUGUUAAUAUCACAGAUGGAGAAACGUACAUUGAACAGGAAAUUCUUAUUGUUCAACGAUUUCAACAAACUGUAAGAGCAGUUGAACCCCGUACCGGUAUUGAGAAGUGGAACUUUAGUGUUGGACAACAUAAUUUAGUACUUGUUCCUCAGUCUGAUAUUUAUUGUCAAAAUGAAGUAACACCUCGUGAUCUAGAUAUUGAAAUUAAAGUUAUCGUACCUGACGGCUUAAUUUGGGCUGUUAAUAGAAACGAUCCUACAGUAAAAUUAUGGCAACACAAAUUUGAUUCUCCAAUUGUUACUAUAUGGCGCGAAGAUUCAAGUUCAAAAGACAAUGAACAUAACAAUUUAAAAGAAAUUAAUUUAUUUGAUAGUACACAAUGGUCUUGGGGUACUGACUUUUCAGUCAGUCCAGCACUUUAUUUGGGUAUGCAUAACAGGCAGUUAUAUGUACAAGAAAAUACAGAACUCAAAUCAUUAGAUGCAUCGCCAAGGUACAUGCAGCAUACAAAAUAUCCAUGGCAACCUUAUCCUGCUAUUGGUAAUGCAAUUAAAAAGUCUCUUUUAGAUCGUUCAGUAAAUGUUAAUAAGGAAGAUGAUAUGUUAUUUGAAAUAACAGAUGCACAAAGUACUACUGCAUUAUCAAUUUUAUAUAAUUCGGAAUAUAUAAAUGGAAAUGGAUUUUAUUUGUACUCGACAAACCAACUAGAAUUAGAUAAUAACAAGCAAUGCAAUCGUACUCCAAAUUUAAUGCUUAUAGAAAAAGAACGAAAAUCAUUUAGAGGAAAUUAUACUCAGGAAGAAGAUGAAGAUACUCCCGUUCAAGUUAUUAUCGUAUCAUUGUGGUAUUGGUGGAAGGAGGUUCUGAUAAUAUCGAUUACUACUGCUGUUCUACUGAAUUUUAUGUUAACACAACGUUUGUUAAAUGCUACAACAGUUGCUAAAGAUGCAGUGUAUCCGCCUUUAAUAGUUGAAAGACACAUAGAAACAAAUAAGAAUAAUCAACCGACUGAUGAAAAGGAAAUCGAUAGUUUUAAAUCACGUUAUCUCACAGAUUUUGAACCAGUAGAUUGUUUGGGAAAAGGUGGUUAUGGCAUAGUGUUUGAGGCAAAAAAUAAAAUAGAUGAUUGCAAUUAUGCUAUUAAGAGAAUUGCUCUGCCAAACAGUACCUAUUCAAGGGAACGUGUAAUGCGAGAAGUAAAAGCAUUAGCUAAGUUGGAUCAUCAAAAUAUUGUAAGAUACUUCAAUGCAUGGCUCGAGUGUCCCCCUGUAGGAUGGCAAGAAAAACAUGAUCCUCAGUGGAUAAACAAAAUUCCUAAAUCUUCACAUUUAGAUUUUACUUCAGAAGAAAUUCACAUGGAAACAAAAAUGAAUAACUCCGUUUGUAUUAAUGUUAGUCAGACUGAUCAAUCAUCAAUAGACAGUGCUUGUGAAGCACAUGAAUUAGACAAUGAUUUGGAUGAAGAUUCUUUUAUUGUGUUCGAGAAAUCUCAGUUAGUAACUCGGGAUGAAAAUGUCAACAUAAGUAAUUCUACUACUGAGAGUUCUGAUUUGUCACAUUCGAGUAACAAAGUUGAAGAGACAUUGUCAAGAAUUGCUAAUUCUUCACAUUCUGAAAGUAUUCUGUUCAAAGACACUAAUAGUAAAACAUCAGAAAAGGAAGAGAAAAAAAAACGACAAAGAUCGUUUUCUUUGGAUCUGAAUAAUAAGUCGAGUACGCGUAAAUCUCCGAAAAUGUUCCUUUACAUACAAAUGCAGCUGUGCCAAAGACUGAGUCUCAGAGAAUGGCUAAAAAUGCAGUCAAUGCGAGAUUAUCGUCAUGUGUUACAUAUAUUUCAUCAAAUCGUUGAUGCUGUAGAAUACGUUCAUUUGCAAGGACUUAUUCAUCGUGAUUUAAAGCCUUCGAACAUAUUCUUCUCUUUUGAUAAUAAAAUAAAAGUUGGGGAUUUCGGCCUUGUAACUGCAAUAGCAGAAGGUUAUAAUGAAGCUCAUACUCCUUCUUCAGAGAAUGAAGAUGUUACACUUAAAAGUAGUUUACAUACCGCGUAUGUCGGUACUCAUCUUUACAUGUCUCCUGAACAAAUAAAUGGUCAGGGCUAUAAUUAUAAGGUUGAUAUCUAUUCCUUAGGAAUUAUUUUGUUUGAAUUACUUAUUCCAUUUGUUACCGAAAUGGAAAGAGUAGAUGUCCUUAGAAAUUUAAGAAAGUCAGUAUUUCCAAACAAUUUCAGUCAUGAUUAUCCGAACGAGUACAAUUUGUUGGCCAUGAUGUUAGAUGAGAAUCCUAGCAAAAGACCCACAACAUUAGGCAUUAAAGCAAGGCCACCAUUAUUAAACUAUGAAAUAGCUAAUGGACUCAAUAUGGAUGAAGAUACAAAAUGGCAUUUUGAAUUACCUCUGUUGACACGACAUUCCUCUGUAAUUAUCAAUAGUAGUAGUGAAUGAAAAGAUAUAGCUAUACGUUUUGUUUAAUGUACUUAUCUAUUAUUUUAUCUAUUAUGAAAUUAUUACAAAUUUAACGAGGAUACUUGCUCAAUUCUUUUAUUGUAAGACAGCAUUUAUUCAGAAUCAUUUGAACGAGAACAAUGAUUGCAAAAAUUUACGCAAGCAAUACAAAACAUGGAAUGAACAAAUUCAUUAUUUUCCAGUACAAAUUCAUACAUUGGCUGUUUUAUAUUAAAUAAUCGACAUUCAUGUUUUGCUAUAUUGUCUUCAAAGUGUAAAUAUAAGCCAUUGUUAUUAGGCGAUAUUUGUAUAAAUAUAUUUUUUACAUUACUUCA